AUGCUGUUCGAGAUCUUGUUUUUACCUAAGCUGUGGUUUCAUGGUGCCAGGCACUCUUUUGCCAAUCUAGCAAAAAUCCUCAACAAGGGAUAUGACAAGCCACGAUUGAAGUACAAUAUCCUCCAAACGCAGAGAAUUCCGAGCGUUGACUCUUUGCUAGAGAACUUGAUACUAACACCCGAUGAUGAGUUAGGUGUAUUUUUGUUACUUGGAGGAGAAAAAGAGUUUGCCUUGCUCAAGGAUCAAGGCUUGGUGAGAAGCUUCGAUGACAAUUCUGUGGAGAGUGCUUUUGAUUGCGAUAUACCGACAGAAUUUGUUUCUUAUUUUGAUCUCGAAAAGUUGAGCGAGUCCACUUUGACUGUUGCUGAUGCUAACUACGUCUUGAGUGACCAAACAGUGGACAGGGUCCUCGCAACUCUCGCUUUGCGAUCCUACGACAAACAAUCAUCUCCAAAUAUAAAGCCUUUUAUCUUGACAGCUUACACCUCAUUCAUGAAGAAUGCCGCCUCAAACUUUCUUGAAUUUGUCUUGAACCACCUUCUACUAGAUCCAAAGUAUUUCAAUAUCUUGUCAAACACUGGUGAUAUUAGCAAAUAUGAACGUCUAUCGAUACACGCUGAUUGCAUUGUAGAGCACGGGAUACUUGGAUAUUACACGUCAAAGUGUCGCUUUGAGGACGCAGGGGAGAGACUAUUAGUCAAAGUGGGUUCUGUGAUUGACGAAGAUGACUCUUCAGCACACUACAAGGCCCUAGAAGCAACCCGUGAUUUUCAUAUCGCUUAUAUUCGCAGAGAUAUAGACAUUCGGUAA